AUGUCUAAUCUAACAUCAUUAUCACCUGAUAAAAAAAACAAAAAACGUCCAUCUGUUUCUUCAAAAUGUUUAUUAAAUAUAAAAUCUAUCGUUGCUCACAAUGUUUCAGCAAAUAGUAACAAUAAAACUGCAUGUCUACAUUCGCCAACAUCCAUACUUCCACCAUUGCCAUUAGUCAAUUCAUUAAUAUCAUCAAAAGAUUCUAUCAAUAAUUUAGAUAAUACAAAAGAGAUUGAAGAAAAAAGCCGAAAAAAAUCACAAUCAUUUCCAAAUAAAAAUAUUCUUAUUGAAUGUAUACAAAAAUCUGAUUUACACAACACAUCUGAGAAACAAAUUAUAACAACAAAUGAACAUAAUCGAACACAAUUUGAAAAUAGUAAAUCACAAUCAACGUCUAUUGAAUCACCUCAAGUAUUAAUCAAUACAAUAGAACAAGAAAAAUUACCAUCAAGUAUGCCUGCGAACAUUUCUAAGGAAACGAAUUAUGCACAAUAUUCUUCUCAAAUAUCUUUACAAAUGAACAAGAACGAGCCAUCUAUCAUUCCACCUCUUCCAUUAAACUGCUCCAUAUAUCCUUUUGGUUCAUCUUCAUCUUCUAAUCGUACGAAAUCAUUAAUAUCAUUUCCUACUCAAUCAUCAAAUCGUAUAAAUGAAGAAUAUUUAACACAAAUGCAUCAUAUUAUUGAAUCAUCAGAUAAUUUAAGCGAAACUAAACCCAAUGAACGUUCUAUUCUUCAUUGUCAACCAAUACCUAUACACAGAUUUGAUUCUACAUCACCAAGCAUUUCUACUCUUGAUGAAGAUGAAGAUGAUUAUGGUAAUUUAAGUCAAUCAAUUAUUAUUGUUAAUAGUUCAUUAAAUUUACCAGAAGAUCGAAUAACUUCUGCUCAAACUUUAACAAUGAAAUCACGUUUAAGUGAACGUACGGAAAAAGAAUAUAAUAACAAUCGAAGAAUAACCAUGAAUAGUUAUGAGUCAAGUCCAUGUUUUCCAAAAAGUUAUACACGUCUACCACAUUCAUUACGUAAUAUCAAUUCUUCAUUUAACCAUCCUUCACCAUCAGGAACAAUUCGAUCACCAACAUUUAUUACUGCUCCUAUUCGUCGUCAAUUUCCUCAAUUUGAAUCUGUACGUACACCUGUACAAAAGUCAUCAAUGAUCAAACAAGAAUCUUCAUCUACAAUACCUUCUGAAUUAUUUGAUUGUUGUCAAACUGAAACAGUUUGUUUAACAACAGAAAUAAUUACAACACAACGUAGUAUUAAUCAAAGAAAUUCUCACCGACAAACAAUAGCAACAACAACAAUUGAAACUAGUUUAAAUGAAUCCGAAGCUCGUUCAAAUUAUUUUCGUGAUGUAGCAAAAAUACGUGAAAUAAUGAUUGAUGUAUCGAAACGUUUAACAAAAGACAAUGAUUCAUUAACAAAAUUGCCUAUUGUUGAUACUCAUUGUCAUUUUGAUCUUAUCUUUGAUCGUCUUCGUAUUAAACAUAAUAAUUUAAAAAAAUAUUUUACUGAUUAUAAUGAGUAUUAUCCAUUGGGUCUUUCAUUUGAAUUAGCUAUUCAAGUUUUUUGGCGACCAAAACAUUUAACUGAAAAUAAUUGGAUAAAUUGGUAUUCAAGAUAUUUAGAUGAUGAACGUGUUUAUGGUUCAUGUGGUAUUCAUCCUCAUUGGAGUUCAGCAUGGAAUGAAACAUCAGUUGACGAUAUUGAACGAUGUUUAAAACAUCCAAAAAUUGUUGCCAUCGGAGAAAUUGGUUUAGAUUUUGGACCAAAAAAUACAUGUUUAAUACAUGAACAACGUCGAGCUUUUGAAGCACAACUUAAAUUAGCUGCUAAAUGGUUAAAACCAAUUGUUAUACAUUCUAGAGAUGCUUAUCAAGAAACAUUUCAACUUAUGAAACAAUAUCUUGAACCUGAUCAUAAGAUUCACUUACAUUGUUUUGUUGGAACAAUGGAUGAUGUUGAACUUUUCACAUCAUAUUUUACUGAAAUAAAAUUUGGUUUUACUCCAAUUAUAACUCGUAAUAAUUUUCUUAAUACAACUAUACAACAACUUGAAUUAACACAAAUUUUAUCCGAAACUGAUUCACCUUAUUUUACACCUGAAGAAUUAACGACAUUUUCUCGUUGUGCACAUCCUGGUAUGGUUUACAGUGUUGUUGAAAUGGUAGCACAACUUCGAGAUUUACCUGUGAUGGAUGUUGCUUGUCAAUUAAGAGAAAAUGCUCGUCAUAUUUAUGGUGUUUAA